AUGCAACAGCCUGAAACCGAAUCCGGCCAUGUGCUGGUCACUCCUCUCUGGGUGUUCAUUUGCCGUAUUUUCCAGAUUCUCAUCUCUCUCAUCAUCCUCGCCUUGGCUGCUCGUCUGAUGCAUGAUGCCUACCUUGACGAGGAAGGUCUCGCUCUGGCUAUUGCUAUCAUCACCUGGCUCGUCUCCUUGUACAUUAUCCUCAGUGAGAAGCUGCCAACUCUGAACCAAUUCUACCAUGUCGUUGCCGUCAUCGUCCUUGACGGUGUCAUGAUGAUCCUCUGGCUUGCAACCUUUGCCGCCGUGGCUGCCAAGCGCGCCCAGUUCCGCUUCAAUGUCAGGGUUGACGGCUGCUUCGACGAUGGCAGCUUGUUUAACAGCAAGACAUGCUUCAAGAAGCGCGACUUUGUCAAGAAGCGUGACGUUAUCCUCUUCAAGUCUGGUGGCGACAUGCUUUCUGCCAUCGCUGGCCUCGGAGCCUUGGUCUGGCUUCUAUUUAUUGCAACCUUUGCCUGGACUCUGUACAGCUUCCUCCAGGGCCGCAAGGCUGGUCGAUUCCUGUUUGACAAUGAGUCUGCCCCUGUUCAGACGAUUGCCAUGGAACCCAAGCAAGAUCAGCAAGCCCAGCAGCAGCAGACGCUUAUCCCACCCCAGGGUGUUGCUCAGCCCAACGCUCAAUACCCCCCACAGGGCCAAUACCCGCAGGACCAGUAUCCUCCUCAGCCAGAGCCGCAGACAUAUAACCAAUAUCCUCCUCAGCAGUAUCAGCAGCCACAGACUUACCACGAGGCGCCUUCCCAUGAUACGUCUUCACCUCCUCCUCCUCAACAGACCUCCUAUUAA